CAUUCCACUAAGAAAAAAAACUUAAACCCGUUUAAUUAGAUAAAAGACUUAGGAAUUUUCCACCGUCCGGCUAAAAUCUCGACAUUUCUCCACCGUCCGGCUAGUCGGCAACCGUCGCUCCCCGUAAUGAGCAGAACCGGCGCGACUCCCUCAAUCUUUCUUCUCUUCCUCUUCUUCCUUGUUCUCUCCAAGCCAUCACCUUGUUCCUCUUUUUCUUUCCCAUUUUCCAACUACCAUGCCGUCUUCUCUCUUUCACACUCGCUAUUCUCCCGCGUCGCCAAUCUCCGGGAAGCUCGCGGAGACUACGACGGCGCCUCCAGAGCUCGAUCCAUUGCCAAAAAACUGGAGAAUGGUAUGGGUAUUGGUUUCUGGAAAGUCAUGUGGAACGUGGGUUGGGAUUAUGCAAGGAAUUAUGCUUGGAGAGAUGCUACGUCGUUUGAAAUGUUCGGUGCUUUCUCUGAGCUGAAUGAAAUUCUGCGUGGUCUAAGCGACUUUUCGAGUGUGAGUUCAGAUAGGGAAAGGGUUAACUGGAUGAAUCGAAAUUAUGAAAAUCUAUUCACAUUUUCAAAAUCUCUUUUUGGUAAAUUUCGGAAGGUGUUUCGACAACCCCAGGGUCUGCUGAAGGAAGUCAUAGAGACACUUCAGAAGGAAGUAUUAGAAGGUGAUUUGCUUAAGGACUGCCUUGAAUUGGGUUCUACUGAUUUGAAGGGCCUGAUCAUGGUAUUCAAGGAUAUUUCUUCAAAGUAUACCUCUACUUUCUCUACCCGGGCAGACCUGUGACUGAGUGAAGUUGAAACCAAGGUAUUAUGGUUAACUCCGUAGCAAGUUUUGUUACUCUCCAGUGAAGUACUAAGUGUAAUAGUUCAAUGUAGAAGAAGCUGAACUUACUGUUUUCAGGCUUGUAUUUUGGGUGACUUGUUAAGAGCCUAAACUAUCUGAAUAUUUUUACUAUAGUUUAGGAGUAGCUGAUUUUGUUCAACUAAAGAAAGGCUUGUGAAAGGAACUCAAAGAAAGCUGCUUUAGUGUGGUGGGACUCCUCUAGUAGAAACUGCCUUACAUGGGCUGUAGCUAUAGCAGUCAGUUUGGUCCCUUGAGCAGUCCUCUCUGACCUUAAUGUAAAUUCUAGUAGAUGUUUAAGUCAUGUACUUGUAAUAAAAAUGCUAUUUCCUUCACAUUUGUCCAAAUUGAAGGUAUCAGUUUUCUUUCCAGGCAGGAACAAUCUGAAUUCUCCUUGCCUUAGACUUGGAGGAAAGUUCUCAUGUUGGAUAAUGCAGCGAUGUGCUUGUCCACAUAUUGUUCAUGGUGACCUACUUUCAAAAGGUUUUUAUAUUGUAACAGAAAAUGCAAAUUGUGGUUGUUCUAUCAAGUGUGAUGUUGCUCUAAUAGCAAUUGCUGCAUGUCUCACCAUAGAACAACAUAUAGUGGCAUGGAAUUCAUGAUGGAUGAUCAUCAUCACACCCCAGGGCAAGAGAAAUCAAAAUGGUAAUGAUGUUUUUAGCAAGUAACCCAACUAUUGCAGAGGUGGAAUAGCUUGAAAUAAGUCCUGGAUUUGUCCAAGCAUCUCCUCCUUCAAAAACAUAAUUGACGCUAUCUUCCUUCCCUGCCUCUCUUGGCCCCAUCCUGAAAAACUAACCCACACCAAAGCUUUAUGCCAUCGAUUUAGUCUCCUUUGCUUCUUCUUAUUUGUAUACUAUAUAUACUUUGUCUACCCCUUUACUGUGGAUUAGUUUUUGGCUUCCA